AUGUUAGACCCGAACAUUUGCAUCAAAAAGCCUUUCGAUUUCGGAUAUCCUGUUUUGUGUGGAUCUUUAGGAUGGAAACAAGGAGAUGAAGAAGGAAAAUGGGCCCAAAAAGCUAUUGAAACAUUAAUAAAAAAGUUGAAGAAACGAAAAGGGGUUUUAGAGAGGCUCCAGUACGCACUUCUUCACCCGAAUGAGCCCAGUGAGUGUGUAACUAUCCCACGAUCGCUAGAUGGUCGAAUUCAGGUUUCUCAUCGUAAAGGAUUUCCACAUGUGAUAUACUGCAGAGUAUGGCGUUGGCCUGACCUCCAGAGUCACCAUGAGUUAAGGCCUGUUGAGAAUUGCAAAUUGCCAUUCAGUUCUAAGGAGACGGAAGUGUGCAUUAACCCAUAUCAUUAUACUCGCGUUGAUUAUCCUGUCUUGCCCCCUGUAUUAGUGCCUAGGCAUAACGAAUACCCAACAAUCGAGUCUACUAAAAAGGAUUCUCCAAGUGAUGAAACAUGUGACUCACACUGUUAUUCAGGAUUCCAUGCUGUAAAUUAUCAGGAACCAAAAUAUUGGUGCAGUGUUGUGUAUUAUGAAUUAAAUUCACGUAUUGGUGAAGCAUACUUUGCCUGUAUACCCAGUAUCAUUGUCGAUGGUUUCACUAAUCCAGGUCGGGAUAGUGGUCGGUUUUCCGUAGGAUUUUUAUCAAAUAUUAAUAGAAGCCUGGCUGUUGAAAAUGCCCGCAAACAAAUUGGAAAGGGUGUUCAUUUGUUUACUUUUGGUGGUGAUGUCUACGCAGAAUGCUUAUCGGAUUGCAGUAUUUUCAUUCAAUCCCGCGAGUGUAAUGAACGUCAUCAUUUUCACCCAACAACUGUGAUCAAAAUACCUCCAGGUGGAUGCUUACGCAUAUUUUCCAAUCGUCAAUUUGCUCAUAUUCUUAGUUAUACUAUAUCACGAGGUGUUGAAGCUACCUAUGAUCUUGUACGUAUGUGUACCAUACGAUUAAGUUUUGUUAAAGGUUGGGGUGCUGAAUACCACCGACAGGACAUUACUUCUACACCAUGUUGGAUAGAAAUCCACUUGCGUGGUCCUUUCUUAUGGCUUGAUCGCGUUCUUCGUCAAAUGGGUCCAAGUCGAAGUCCGAUCUCUUCAGUUUCCUAA